AUGAAGCAUUUGCCUUACUUUACACUCUUAAGCCUCUUCUUAGGAGCUCUGUUUCUUGCAAACAUCAAACCAAACGAAGGGUCUUUGUCUUCUUCACUCGACACUCCUGGAAGCUUGCUAUCCGAUCUCUGGCUAGACCGGUUUCCCGAUCCAUUCAAGAUCUUGGAGAGAAUCCCACUAGAGCUCGAGAGGGACCAGAGCGUGGCUCUGUCUCCAGCGAGAGUGGACUGGAAAGAAACAUCAGAAGGGCAUGAGAUAAUGCUCGAUGUACCCGGUUUGAAGAAGGAUGAGGUGAAGAUAGAAGUGGAAGAGAAUCGUGUUCUAAGAGUCAGUGGAGAGAGGAAAAGAGAAGAAGAAAAGAAAGGAGACCAAUGGCAUAGAGUUGAGAGAUCGUAUGGUAUGUUCUGGAGACAGUUCAAGCUACCUGAUAAUGUGGAUAUGGAAUCUGUUAAAGCCAAGCUUGAGAACGGUGUUCUCACUGUUAAACUCGCUAAGCUCUCCCCUGAAAAGGUCAAGGGUCCAAGAGUUGUUGACAUUGCAGCUGAAGAGGAUCAAACUGCAAAGAUCAGCUCUUCUGAAGCCAAAGAGCUCUGA